AUGGAAUAUGGGCCCACAAGGAACCUAACCUUACCUGCCAUUAUACGCUCGGGUGACUCGAAGGAAUGGUCAAGACUCAAGAGACACAAAAGACCGCGGGCCCCGGCUGCAACCAUUUUCUGUCGUCCAUCCACCCACAUUCAUCCCCAAGUUCUGCUUACCGCCCAGUCUGCAUGUGGCUGGACAUCCGUCACGCACUUUUGA